AUGGACCGCCUGAUCAAAGAAGUAUGGUCAAACAAAGUCGUAAAUAAAAGCAAAGUGCAGUACCUUCACAAGCACAUAGAGCAACUCACGAGUAUGUUGCGCAUCAUCAUAUGCCUCUUAGCAUUGUUUGCGUGGACAUAUGCUGAUUUCGACACUUGGAGAAGCUGCAACACAACUAAGAAAAGACUUAGAUGGGCUGAUGAUUUUAAACCAAAUGGCACAGAACUAAAUGCUUUCAACGAAGCGUUAGGAGUCUACCUCAGUAAACACCUGGAUUUCUUUGAUCUACCCACCCAUCUGCAUUUCGAUUGCAUUCUGGCAGGAAGCAAGAGAUAUCUGAAUAUUGUUCCAAGUUUUGAUCUUGUACAGACUCAUACAAUUGCUGGUAAGUACAACAUUUCAUCUCAUCUCGAAGAUUUCGAACGGAACCACUUUAUAAAAAUAGCGAAUGAAGUCCUUACUAAGCUGCUCAAGUAUACGAGAAAGAAGAGGUGGUAUGACUGUUUCACAAGCUGUUUUCGUGAUCGGGCAGUGACUGUUCUAUUUGGAUGUGAUUACAUUAUUCGUGGAGGGUCCGAGGUCGUCUUCAAGUGUGCAUUCGAAAAAAGAAAGAAGCUACCGAACAGUAAAUACGAAUAA